GCUAAGGUCCGCAGUAUGUGGGCACUUAUAAUGGAAACGGUUACGUCUCUGGAAAAGGAAAAGGAAGUUCUGGAUUCUGUACUAAGAGAUUCUGGUGGUCAGUGCAUUUUGGAUGGAGCUAAUGUUAAUAUCAGGGUUCCACGACUGUUGGCUCACAGAGUUGAAAACGACAAGUACCAACGUUGUACAGGAAAUGUAUAUAAAGGUGGAAAACUGAAUCUCCUGGUAGUCAUUCAGUUACUAAAUGAAGCCCUGAGAACACUGAGAGAUGAGCAGUGUCCGUGCCAACCUGAAUUUAACCUUGAGUACAUUGAGUACAGGAUUAAGCUCUGCAAGAGACAGCUACAGGCUUUGCAAACAAUGAGGCUAAAGACAGAGAAAGAGCAUCGUGUGUCAACGAGUGAAUCCAUUUCUGUAAACGAGAAAAACUGGGAAGAGAAGUGGAAAAGCUUUCUUGGCGUGUCUCCUUUAAAUUUAAUCUUAAGUCAGAAUCCUGAUCUUAAUUGGGUAAGGCCUGUGCCAGCCCAGGCUUCUAAACCUGCAGAAGAAGAUGAGGAGAACGAUGUCUUUUCUCAGCAUCUCGCAGAUCUUUCAGAGGUUUGCAGCUCUAUGCAGAAAGAAGGUUGGGAGAAAGAGGAUGAGACACUUCAAGCUGUGAUGGAUAAGGCAACACCAGUACAAAGAUGGAUCAAUUCAGUACCUUUGGAGUUGCCGGAAGAAUCAGAAAAGGAAGAUGUUUCAGUUGAAAAGAACUUGCAUGUUCAAACUUGCAAGAGCAAAAUAAAGCCAGUGCCUCCAAAGAUGAUGAAAAGUGGAAAAGAUGAGUCCACCAUUUCAGAAGUGGGUGAGAACGAAGGUGAUCAUGUUAUCCAGACAGAGUCUGCUUUCAAAAAAGACACUCUUGCUAAAGCCAGAGAUGAACUGGCAGAAGAGGUUGCAAAAGCAGUGAUGUCUGAGUCACCUCAGAGUGAUGAUGGAAAAGCAAUGCCAUUAGAAGAUCUCAUUAGCUCACUGGCUUUCAACCCAUUUUUAACAAGGAAACAAAUUCCUCGAACUCCAGAGAAUCUGCUUACUGAAAUUCGAAGCUCAUGGAGAAAAGCUCUUCAGACUGAUGGCUCAUCAGAAACAGAGCUGGCCCCAGACGAGCAAACGACAGAAGCAGCUGCAGUGGAUGCUACACCAGACUCUGGACUUGUGUGUUCUCUCGCUGCAGCUCCUGUACCUGACUUUGCUCCAUUGACAGAAAAGAAGUCUCUGUUACGUACCACAGACUUCAGAAAUCCAGAGCAGAUGAGGAGUCACAUCACUGAAUCUCCGGUUUUGGAAACAUCUGGAAUGUGGGAGAGUGAGAGAACAGAAGCACAGGAAUUAAAAUUUAUUUUGAACAAAAGUCCUGUAGAAGAUAAAAAUGAACAGAUCAGCGUGGAUACUCUUAUUUAUUUGCAGGAUGAUCGUGGGAGAAGUGUUCCAUCUCCAGAUGACUUUCAGGAUUCCUUAGUGGAUCGGAUACUGCACAGCAAGGUAUCAGCCUUACUUGCCAGUCACGAAGCUUCCCACUUUCAGAUAAUGGAUGAGACACUUCCAGAAGGACUGGACUACACAGACACAGACAUUUCUGCAGGCGCAGGGUCUGACUCCAGUAUCCUAAAGAGCACGGAUAUAGUAGAUGACUCAGGAAAGGAGGGGGGUAGUGAAAACUCAAAUGUAGAGCCACAGUCCCCAUCCAGCUUGCAUAAAGCACUUGAAUGGGCUGCAUCUGGAGGUGCACAGGAGCUUCAUCAAAGACAUAAGGGUGGUGAAUCUGAAAGCUGUAGAACAGGCUCAAGAUUUCGUGCAUCAAAAAGAAGAGGAGAUGAAUUGUGCAGUCCUGUGGAACUGUUCUGCUUGGAUGAAGAGUUUACCAGGACACCAUCGCCAGUAUCUCUUUAUGAGAGAAAAUACUCCCUGUCAUCUCUGCUGGGAUCCUAUCAGCAGCUGAGGGAAAUGACAGCAAUGAUACAUGACAUCCCAGUAGAGUUAAUGGCUAAGUGGAAAAAGAAGGAUGAUGAGCCAGCCACAGAGGAGCCAUCAUCAGGAUAGAAUUUGUAAACAAGCAGUGUAACCACAGAACUCUUUUUUUUUUUUUCUCUCCCUUAUUUUUCUUGCUGCUCAACAUUAUUGGAUUCCUCACUCUUCUUGGGAUUUCUGGUCAAUACUGCCAUCAGUUCUACCUAUUGGUGGGUCAGCGUAAUUUUUUCAGACUUUUCCAAUGAAGUGCCUCUUUCUACAGCCACAUUACAGCCACAAAGUUCUACAGUCAAACUUUGACAUGUGGUAGUGUUAAUGCCUCUCUGAUUUCAGUCGAUACACAUUCGUGACAUCAGGAUGUAUGGAUCUAAUGCUAGAGCUUGUGGGGGGACGGGAUUAUAGAAGUUGAGGUUCUGCCAGAUAAACUUUUUUUUGUAAAAGUACUGAUCACUAGCCUGAUGUUUCAGAAGGUUUUAAAGCAUUGCUAAAUAAAGUUGUUUUCUGUUCUGCUAUAGAUUUCACCUCCUUUCUUCCAAAAGAGUUGUAAAUGUGUUUUAAUAAGAAUCAACACUUGUGUUUUGAUUUCUUCCGUGUAAAGCAGACUUUAAUAAACUUUGGUACUUGU